UCCAUGGCCGUUGUCUAGCAAGGCUCUGGUUGUUUAGAACAAGGGUAGCGAAUAGCCGAGUGAAUAUACAGGUUAUGCAGCUGAAACAAUCGAAACACCAGGACAAAUCAACAAUGAUGGCUCAUUGAUGCGCUAGAUUGCUUUUUCACCUAUGGUUGCUGCUGUUGCUCAUCAUGAACUCAUCAGACAGGCCUGAGCAAGCAGAGACACUGGGCAAUACAAGUGCUACUGCCUUGGAGCAGUCUACCACCUCCAGACAAGAUGACUGUGGAGACACUCCAGGCAGCAACAAGAGGACACUCCGCAACUCGAUCAUGAGAAAGAUAGCCAGGCUGGAAGACCAGAGGAGGGCGAUGGCCGGAACAGCGCUCUCCGAGGACGAGGAGAAGCGCUGGCUCUACGAGCAGAUGGCGGCUCUGCAGCAGAAGAUCCGCCGCCUCGAAUCCGGCCAGGACGGCGGUGCCAGCGACAAUCAGGCCCUGCCCGCGUCCGAGGCGGCUACCAAGACCGGGCUGGAGCAGAUCGAUCGAGAAAUAGUGCGACUUCGUCAGCAGGUGGACGCCAUGCGGCUGCUGGGUGUUGCGUACCGCUCUUGA